AUGUUGAAAUUGAUCUUGGCCGACAUGGACGUUGAAGCGAAGGUCGGCGAGGUGCUGGCCGACAUCGGCAAAGCUAAGAACAACAACAUGUUGGCGGAUGAGUUCGCCGGCACUGGGGUUGGCCACCGUCACGAGUUGCACGCCGAGAUUUACGCCAACUACCAGGCGGCGUUGCAACGUGGUAACGGCGUCGAUUUUGAUGAUCUUCUGCUCAAGCCAUAUCGUGUAUUGAUGAGCGAUCCGGAUAUUCGGAACCAAAUGCAAGACCGCUACCAACACAUCAUGGUUGACGAGUUUCAAGACACCAACGCUUUGCAGUUCGAGUUGGUCCGGGUUUUGGGAGAUGUUCACCGCAACAUCUGCGUAGUGGGCGACCCCGAUCAAUCGAUCUACUCGUGGCGUAAUGCCCGGCCUGAGAAUAUGGAACGUUUGGCAGAAGUGUUGGAUGGAUGCAAGGUAUUCGAGUUGAGCGAAUCGUAUCGUUCGACGAAGACGAUCAUCGCCGCGGCAUCGGGCUUGAUCGCGCACAAUAAACGAGCCAUUGAGCGAGUUCUCUUCACUAACAACGAGGAGGGCGAACCAGUAGAGAUCGGGGUCACUGAACACCCGGAGCAUGAGGCUUCGGUGAUUUUGGACGUUGUUGAACGUCGCGUCAGGCCGAAAACUGGGGGAGACGGUCCUGGAGAUGCACAGUUAAGGGGCGAUUUGGAUCGCUUCGCGGUCUUGUACCGCACUAAUGCGCAGUCUCGGGCGAUUGAGACGGAGUGUAGCCGACGGGGAGUGCAGUACCGGCUUAUCGGCGGUGUCAGGUUCUACGAGCGCCGUGAGAUAAAGGACGCGUUGGCGCUUCUACGGAUCGUCGUCAAUCCGUCCGACGAGACAUCGUUGCGCCGGAUCAUCAACGUGCCGCCGCGCGGAAUCGGACCGGCAACGUUACGAAAACUCGAGGAAUACAGCGUUUUCAACAACGUCUCGCUCCUAGACACGAUGUUGCUCGCCUCGGAUCCAUCUGCAUCCCAUCAACUCGGAUUGGGCAGAGCGGCGCUCGGCAAAGUCAGAUCAUUCGCCGACUUUGUGACGAUGCUGAUCUCAAAUUCCGAGAAACAUUACCCAAGUGACCUACUUGACUACGCAUUGAAGGGCAGUGGUUAUCGCGACUGGGUUAACAAGGACGAGGAAACGAGGCUCGAGCGCAACGAAAAUUUGAAAGAGUUGGAGUCUCUGGCCGAGAACUACUCGAGUUCGGAUGAUGGGAUCGAGCCGCGGCAAGCUCUUUCUGAUUUAUUGGAGCACACAUCGCUGUUCGCCAACGUCGAUUCGAUGGACGAGGGUGUCGGUGCUGAUGAGACGAAUGUCGCGGUGCCGAGCGAAACGACGGGCGCGAUCACGCUAAUCACGUUGCAUCAAGCCAAGGGCUUGGAGUUCGAUACCGUUUUCAUCGCCGGUGCGAACGAAGGAGUUUUGCCGCACGCCAUGGCAUUGAACGUGCAAUCCCAAGACGACUACGAAGCUGCUUGCGGCGAAGAGCGCAGGUUGAUGUACGUUGGCAUGACACGCGCCAAACGCAAUUUGCACGUCACAUGGUCGCUAUUCACCUCCUCCUCGUUGUACCGCCGCCAGAAUGUUCCGUCGCAGUUUUUGAAAGAGAUACCGGAGGAGAACGUCAAGGAGGUCGAAUACGCCCGGGUACCAGGCAGGUCGGCUCCACCCCCGAUAGCCUUUUCUUCGAGUUCCGGCAUCGCGGUCGAUCGCCCUCGAUUCUCCUCAGUCCGACGCCGGGAGCAACGGGAAAAGUUCACGGAGCAAGGCAUCGACGACCUACCGGUCGAGAUGCAGCUCAAGGCCGGUCAACGGGUCAAACACAGCCAGUUCGGCACUGGUGUCGUGGUCAAUUCGCGGCCCGUCAACGGAGACCUACGGGUUACCGUGGCGUUCUCGGAAGAAGGUGUCAAGAUGCUGAUGGCCAGCAUGGCCGGACUCGAGAAAGUCUAG